CGGAGAUGCUGCCGUGGAAGAAGCACAAGUUCGAGCUGUUGGCCGAGGCGCCGCCACGGCAGGCGUCCAAGCCCAAGGGCUACGCGGUGAGCCUGCACUACUCCGCGCUCAGCUCGCUGGCGCGGGCGUGCCCCGAAGGCGCGCUCAGCCGGGUGGGCAGCAUGUUCCGCUCGAAGCGCAAGAAGCUGCACAUAACUAGUGAGGACCCCACUUACACUGUGCUCUACUUGGGCAAUGCCACCACCAUCCAGGCGCGCGGCGACGGCUGCACCGACCUAGCGGUGGGCAAGAUCUGGAGCAAGAGCGAGGCGGGCCGUCAGGGCACCAAGAUGAAGCUGACUGUGAGUGCGCAGGGUAUCCGCAUGGUGCACGCCGAGGAGCGCGCGCUGCGCCGCCCGGGCCACCUCUACCUGCUGCACCGCGUUACCUACUGCGUGGCGGACGCGCGGCUGCCCAAGGUCUUCGCUUGGGUGUACCGGCACGAGCUCAAGCACAAGGCGGUAAUGCUGCGGUGCCACGCGGUGCUGGUGUCCAAGCCCGAGAAGGCGCAAGCUAUGGCCCUGCUGCUCUACCAGACGUCUGCCAAUGCUCUAGCGGAGUUUAAACGGCUUAAGCGGCGGGACGACGCGCGUCACCAGCAGCAGGAGCUGGUGGGCGCGCACACCAUCCCGCUAGUGCCGCUGCGCAAGCUGCUUCUGCACGGACCCUGCUGCUACAAGCCGCCGGUGGAGCGCAGCCGCAGCGCGCCCAAGCUCGGCUCCAUCACCGAGGACCUGCUUGGCGAGGAGCAGGAGCAGGAGCAGGAGUUGCAGGAGGAAGAGGAAGAGGAAGAGGAGCACACCGAGGGCUGCCCGGAGGAGGAGAAGGAUCGAGCCAGAGAAGGAGUCACGGCUGAGCAUGAGGCCGAGGAGGAGCAGCGGGCGCUGGUGGUGACCAUGCACUUCGAAUGCGGGGACUUGCUGGACACGCUGGAGGGUGGCCGCGAGGAGGCGCUGGGGGGCGGCGGGGUCUCGCAUGGUCCUGAGGCUGGACCGCCGCCUCUGCUGCUGGGUAGCGCCUCCGACAUGAAGGCCGAACUGUCGCAGCUUAUUAACGAUCUGGGAGAGCUCAGCUUCGGCAACGACGUGUGCAGCCUACAGGCCGACUUGCGGGUGACUCGCCUGCUGUCGGGCGAGAGUACCGGCAGCGAGAGCUCCAUCGAAGGCGGGGGCCCGGACGCCACCACUGCCAGCGCUGGAGACCCGUCGGGCUCUAACGACUGCGCCAGCCUAGACGAGCUCCACUCGGGCUGAGCUCCCACCAAAGUCCAGUGCGCGCCCCUAGCGCCCCAACGUGACCCCCACCCGUCUCUCCACCACCUCCUUACCACCCUCAUCCCCCAGGAAAGGGGAAAUGGGACACUUGAGGCCCAGACACCCGCUUCCCCUCUCUAUACAUUUGGCUCUGUUUGAAGCGGGGCUCGGAUUGCACAUGGAAAUAUGCGGAGAUGUGCAGGGGCGGGGGAACCCUACAAAGAAGGGGAAAGAGGCCGCACUCUGGGGUCGGGGGAAGGGAAGGGCCGCUGGUGUUAGCAAAGCUCGGCAGGCGUGAGGCGCCUGCCGGCCAGUUUCCUGUUUGUGGAGCAGCUGGGGCCUGAGGAGGAGGGGUUAACUUCCUCCCCGUCCCCCAGCUGGGAGCGGCCUAGCGCUGUCAUUGACAUGUCAUUUAAAAACAGAAAGAAGAAUUUGCUCUCACAAUGUUUGAGGCUUUAAUGCCAACCUCCUAGCCCCCAAUCUUUUUGGUGCAAAAGCUUGAGUUGUUUACCUCAGACUCAGACCCCUGAAAUUCUGCCAAAUUCCUCUAAUAACUGUUUGGGGUGGGGGGGAGAAAAAAGUUGCAUUUUGUUUACAGUUAAAAGACAUCUAUUAUCUUAAAAAAGUUUUCUUUUAGAAACACACACACCUUCCUCCUGCUCAAAAGGUCUCACUCCAUGAUACUGUGUAAAAUAUUUUUGCACUGUUGUGAAGUAUUUUUGACAUUUUUUUUGUACAUAACUGUGUUCUCAGAGUUAAAUGUUUAUAUCUUUUGCUGUGCAAAAGGGACAUGUAAAAUGCUGUUCAGUUGUAUAUACAGAAAUGUGUAUAAAACAUUUUGUUAUUUUUUAAGAGUAGCACUGCUCUGGUUCUGUUUGCACGCCAGUGGGGAGAGAAUAAAGAGGAAAAUUGAACAGAACA